CACACCCCCAAAAACCUCCCCUCCCCCCCCAAAGCCCGGCCCGGCCCAACCGGAGCCCCCCCCGGGGGUCGGGCCCGGCCCGCCAUGGCCCGCGGCGCUGACACCGGCCCCGCCAUGGACCGCAUGAAGAAGAUCAAGCGGCAGCUGUCGAUGACGCUGCGGGGGGGACGCGGCCCCGACAAGACUUUGGGGGACCCCCCCGAUGGCCCCGGCAGCGACAGCGAGACGGGGGCGGACGAGGGGCGGAUGGGGUCGGAUGGGGAGAGCGAUCCCCCCUCGGGGGCCUCUUCCGAAGGAGUAGCGUCGCCCGUACGGCUCCGACUGCGCCAACACCCGGCACGGCCCGGAUCCACCGAGGACAUCAACAAGCGGCUCUCUCUGCCGGCCGACCCCCGCCUGCCCGAGGGGGGGCUCCCCGCGCCCCUCAGCCGCCGCCUGCGCCGCGUCUCCCUGUCUGAGAUCGGCUUCGGGAAGUUAGAGACUUACGUCAAACUGGACAAACUGGGAGAGGUGACUAACGCCACCGUCUACAAAGGACGCAGCAAACUGACCGAGAACCUCGUGGCCCUCAAAGAGAUCCGUUUGGAACACGAGGAGGGGGCGCCGUGCACGGCCAUCCGAGAGGUGUCCCUUCUCCGGGACCUCAAACACGCCAACGUGGUGACGUUGCACGACAUCGUGCACACCCCCCAGUGCCUCACGCUCGUCUUCGAGGAUCGGGACCUGAAGCAAUACCUGGACGACUGCGGCAACGUCAUCAGCAUGCACAACGUGCGGCUGUUCCUGUUCCAGCUGCUGCGCGGCCUCGCCUUCUGCCACCGCCACAAAGUCCUCCACCGCGACCUCAAACCCCAAAAUUUACUGCUGAGUCGGCGCGGGGACCUCAAACUGGCGGAUUUCGGAUUGGCUCCGAGCGAAAUCCAUCCAACAAAGACGUAUUCCAACGGGGUGACGCUUUGGUAUCGGCCGCCGGAUAUCCUCCUGGGAUCCACCGAGUACUCCACGCAGCAGAUCGACAUGUGGGCGUGGGCUUGCAUUUUCUCGGAGAUGGUGACGGGGCGAUCGCUCUUCCCGGGAUCCACCGUGGAGGAACAGCUGCACUUCAAUCUUCCUUUGUUCCCUGCAGGGACGCCGACGGAGCAGUCGUGGCCGGGGAUUGAGGCCAACGCCGAGUUCCGCGCCCAUAAGUACCCCCCGUACCCCCCCGAGGGGCUGCGGCAGCACGCCCCACGGUUGGACCCCGAUGGUGCUGACCUGCUGGGGCAGCUGCUGCAGUUCGAGGGCCGGCGGAGGGUGGCAGCCGCCCAGGCCAUGGCUCACCCCUUCUUCGCCUGCCUCGGGCCCCGCGUGGCCGCCCUGCCCGACACCACGUCCAUCUUCGCGCUGAAGGAGAUUCAGUUGCAACAGGAGCCGGCGCUGCGCAACCCCCCCCGCGGACCCCAAGGUUCCUCCAAUUUCCGGGUGCUCGACACGGAAUUUUGAGCCCGGGGAAGAUGACGGCUGCGACCCCCGGAGACACCCCCAAACUGGGAGAGGAGCCCUCAAACUGGGAGAGGAGACUCUAAACUGGGAGAGGAGACCUCAAACUGGGAGAGGAAGCCCUAAACUGGGAGAGGAACCCCUAAACUGGGAGAGAAGACCUCAAACUGGUGGAGGAGUCUCUGAACUGGGAGAGGAACCCCUAAACUGGGAGAGGAGACUCUAAACUGGGAGAGGAGUCCCUAAACUGGGAGAGGAGACUCUGAACUGGGAGAGAAGACCUCAAACUGGUGGAGGAGAUCCCAAACUGGGAGAGAAGACCUCAAACUGGUGGAGGAGACUCUAAACUGGGAGAGAAGACCUCAAACUGGGAGAGAAGACCUCAAACUGGUGGAGGAGACUCUAAACUGGGAGAGGAACCUCCAAACUGGGAGAGGAACCUCCGAACUGGUGGAGGAACCUCCAAACUGGGAGAGGAGCCUCUGAACUGGUGGAGGAGAUCCCAAACUGGGAGUGGAGCCCUCAAACUGGUGGAGGAGUCUCUGAACUGGGAGCGAAGCCAUCAAACUGGUGGAGGAACCUCCAAACUGGGAGAGGAGCCCUCAAACUGGGAGAGGAGCCUCCAAACUGGUGGAGGAACCUCCAAACUGGUGGAGGAACCUCCAAACUGGGAAAGGAGCCCUCAAACUGGGAGAGGAACCUCCAAACUGGUGGAGGAACCUCCAAACUGGGAGAGGAGCCCUCAAACUGGGAGAGGAACCUCCAAACUGGUGGAGGAACCUCCAAACUGGGAGAGGAACCCCUGAACUGGUGGAGGAGAUCCCAGACUGGGAGUGGAGCCCUCAAACUGGUGCUGAGGUUCCCCUCGUGUUACUCUACGGUUACUCCAGGGUUUUGCACACCUUACUCCGAAGUUACUCAUCCGUUACUCCAGGAUUCCUCACUUUUUUUUGGGGGGGGGGAGGGGAGGGGGGGAGGGGAGGGGCUUGCGCUGAGGUUACUCGCAUGUUACUCCGAGGUUACUCCGGGCUCACUCCCGUGUUACUCCGCGGUUACUUCCGCGUCGCUCUGAUGUUACUCCACUGUUACUUCCCUGUUGCUCUGGGAAUACCCCGCGGUUACUCCAGCGCCUCACACACUCCCCUCCCCCCCUCAAUUGUUACUCCUCUGUUACUCCGGAGCCGCUCUUUGGGGUUACUCUGAGCUUCCCUCACGCAUUACUCUGACGUUACUCCAGGAUUACUCCUCUCUUCCUCCAGGAUUCCCCUCCAAACUCCCUCGGGGAUUACUCGGGGGUUACUCCUUACCCCCCUCCCUGUUACUCCGCUGUUACUCCAUGAGGAACCACCCCCCCCACGUUACUCCGGGUUUCCUCUCACGUUACUCCCAUUACUCCGUCACUUUUUGGGGGGUGCUCUGAGGUUCCUCCCCUGUUACUCCGAGGGCCCCACGCCUUACUCCGAGGUUACUCUGGGGUUGCUCCGGUGUUACUCUGAGGUUACCCCAUUGUUACU